GACUGUCACUCAUUCUCCGCUCAGCGCGUGAACGCAGCUCGGCAGUGGCUGGCAGGAAACAAUUCUGCAAAAAUAAUCAUACCCAGCCUGGCAAUUGUCUGCUUCUCGGUCCGUUGCUCCGCCGCCGUCCACAGUCGCUAGCAAGGGGAAGGCACAGAAUUUACCGCGGCCAGAACAUCCUUCCCAGCCGGCAGUUUACAAUGCUGCGAACUACGGAUCUCAUCUGGACUUUGUUUUUCCUGGGAACUGCAGUUUCCCUGCAAGUGGAUAUUGUUCCCAGCCAAGGAGAAAUCAGCGUUGGAGAGUCCAAAUUCUUCCUGUGUCAAGUGGCAGGAGAAGCCAAAGAUAAGGACAUCUCCUGGUUCUCCCCCAACGGGGAAAAGCUGAGCCCAAACCAGCAGCGGAUCUCGGUGGUAUGGAAUGAUGAUGACUCCUCUACACUCACCAUCUACAAUGCCAAUAUCGACGAUGCCGGCAUUUACAAGUGUGUGGUCACUGGCGAGGAUGGCACCCAGUCCGAGGCCACGGUCAACGUGAAGAUCUUCCAGAAGCUCAUGUUCAAGAACGCACCAACCCCACAGGAGUUCAAGGAAGGAGAAGAUGCGGUGAUUGUGUGUGAUGUGGUCAGCUCUCUGCCCCCAACCAUCAUCUGGAAGCACAAAGGCCGAGACGUUAUCCUGAAAAAAGAUGUCCGAUUCAUAGUCCUGUCCAACAACUACCUGCAGAUCCGGGGCAUCAAGAAGACAGAUGAGGGCACUUACCGCUGUGAGGGCAGAAUCCUGGCCCGGGGGGAGAUCAACUUCAAGGACAUUCAGGUCAUUGUGAAUGUACCGCCCACUGUCCAGGCCAGACAGAGCAUCGUGAAUGCCACUGCUAACCUGGGCCAGUCCGUCACCCUGGUGUGCGAUGCUGAUGGGUUCCCAGAGCCUACCAUGAGCUGGACAAAGGAUGGGGAACCCAUUGAAACCGAGGAGGAAGAUGAUGAGAAGCACAUCUUCAAUGAUGACAGUUCUGAGCUGACUAUCAGGAACGUGGACAAAAAUGACGAGGCUGAGUAUGUCUGCAUUGCUGAGAACAAGGCUGGCGAGCAGGAUGCGUCCAUCCACCUCAAGGUCUUCGCAAAGCCCAAAAUCACCUAUGUAGAGAAUCAGACGGCCAUGGAACUAGAGGAACAAGUCACUCUUACCUGUGAAGCCUCAGGAGAUCCCAUCCCCUCCAUCACCUGGAGAACUUCCACCCGAAACAUCAGCAGUGAAGAAAAGGCUUCGUGGACUCGACCAGAGAAGCAAGAGACUCUGGAUGGGCACAUGGUGGUACGCAGCCAUGCUCGUGUGUCCUCUCUGACCCUGAAGAGCAUCCAGUACACAGAUGCUGGAGAGUACAUCUGCACUGCCAGCAACACCAUCGGCCAGGACUCCCAGUCCAUGUACCUUGAAGUUCAAUAUGCCCCCAAGCUCCAGGGCCCUGUGGCUGUAUACACUUGGGAAGGGAACCAGGUGAACAUCACCUGUGAGGUCUUUGCCUACCCAAGUGCCACAAUCUCCUGGUUCCGAGAUGGUCAGUUGCUGCCAAGCUCCAACUACAGCAAUAUCAAGAUCUACAACACCCCGUCUGCUAGCUACCUGGAGGUAACCCCUGACUCCGAGAAUGACUUUGGAAACUACAAUUGUACGGCAGUGAACCGCAUUGGGCAGGAGUCCUUGGAAUUCAUCCUUGUUCAAGCAGACACACCGUCUUCUCCAUCCAUCGACCGGGUAGAACCCUACUCCAGCACAGCACAGGUGCAGUUUGACGAGCCAGAGGCCACAGGUGGAGUGCCCAUCCUCAAAUACAAGGCUGAGUGGAAGUCACUGGGGGAAGAAGCGUGGCAUUUCAAGUGGUACGAUGCCAAAGAAGCCAACAUGGAAGGCAUUGUCACCAUCAUGGGCCUGAAGCCUGAGACAAGGUACGCAGUACGACUGGCGGCCCUCAACGGCAAGGGGCUGGGCGAGAUCAGUGCAGCCGCGGAGUUCAAGACACAGCCAGUCCAUAGCCCUCCUCCACGGGAACCCAGUGCACCCAAGCUGGAAGGGCAGAUGGGAGAAGAUGGGAACUCCAUCAAGGUGAACCUGAUCAAGCAGGAUGACGGAGGUUCCCCAAUCAGACAUUAUCUGGUCAAGUACCGAGCGCUUGCCUCUGAGUGGAAACCCGAAAUCAGGCUCCCAUCCGGCAGUGAUCACGUCAUGCUCAAGUCCCUGGACUGGAACGCCGAGUAUGAAGUAUAUGUGAUAGCUGAGAAUCAGCAAGGAAAAUCCAAGGCAGCCCAUUUUGUGUUCAGGACCUCAGCCCAGCCCACAGCCAUCCCAGCCACCCUGGGAGGAAGUUCCACCUCCUACACCUUGGUCUCACUGCUCUUCUCUGUGGUGACUCUUCUUUUGCUCUGUUAGGAACUUGAAAAACACACACACACACACACACACACACACACACACACACACACACACACACACACAAAUUAUAAUUGCUUAAAAGCCCAGUUCCUUUGAAAAUGAUCAAUUGUUCCCCCUUUGAAAGAUCCUGUCAGGACUUCGGUUGCCCGGCCACAGCUACUAAGCAAGUGUUGUGUGUGAACAAGGAAGGUCAUGGUGAUUGGAAACAGAUUUACCUCCUGAGAUUUUUGUCAUUCAGUGAUACUUUCCUGUCACUUCAUAUGGGGUCUUCUCCUUUUUUAAUAGCAGGAGAGAGAGAGAGAGAGAGAGAGAGAGAGAGAGAGAGAGAGAGAGAGAGAGGAAGAAUAUGAGAGAUAUUUCUUUCAAUAGUAUUUUUCAAAAACAGCAUUAUGCAAGGUUUACGGAGAUGUUUCUGCUAUCUGCUCCUUGUGUUUUUGUUCUUGUUCAUAAAUACAGCAGAGGAAGAAUUCUGGACUUCUAAACCUUGGCUCAGAUGGUUAAAGUCACCACAUGUGCCCUUCACUCUAACGCUGCGCCCUGUCCUCCACCUUUCAAUAGGCAGUUAGCUUCGCCUGCAUUUAAGUAUUUAAGUACCCAUGUGGUGACUCACCUGAGCACUCUGCUGACAUGAUAGGUGAAUUAAAUCCUCCUGUGGCCCAUGCAGUGGGAAAGUUGAAAUUGUCUAUUUUCUGGAGCUGAUGAACAUUCUGGAAGGUGCUGUAAUGCUGGUGUUAGCCCAACAUCUUCUGCUGUCUUUGUGAAGAAGGCCAAAUUGUGAUGUGCCCAAAAGGAAUGGGCUUUGUUAUCUGAAUCCCAACAGAGCUAAUUCUUCCACUUCACAGUAGGAUGCUUCAGAUGAGCACUAAACCUCCAGAUCCUGGGGUCUGUGGUCCAGGCAUGACCUCCAUCAUCACCAUAAGCACAGUAUACCAGACAGGUUAGAAGCAUCCCCUGUGAAUCCGUCACCCUCCACACCUCCCUACGUGCUCCAAAGAGCACAAGGUAAGGGAUUGAGGGAAUGUACUACCCCCCACCCCACCACAGUGUUAAUACAUUUGAGCAGUCUGCCUGUCAACACUUCCAGAGUGGUCCAGCUUCCCUAAUGGUCUCCAUGACACUUUUAAAAUCAUUAUGCAAAGCCAGGAACUCCUGUCUACUGUUGUACAAUUCACCCAGAAGAGGAAAUGGGUGUGUCACAUCGGACGCAGGAGACCCAAGGCUGAAUACCACCCGCUAGUAUCGGCGUGUGAACUUUGGGAUGGACCCUCCAAUGAAUAAAAACUCCCUCCCCUACCAUGGCACCUGUCAUUCUACCUAUCUCAUCUCUGAACAUCUCCACGGACGUUUAAUUUAUGUUCUUUUUGGUUCUUUACCUGUUUCGUUUCUGUUGUUACGUUUUAAUGCUCAAAGACUAGCCUUUCCUUUUGGGAAUCCAAAUGACCCUGAAUUGUGGUCUGCAGGCAAAUCCAACUGUGUGGCCACCUGCCAGUUUCCCCAGUGUUCAGCCUAGAGGCUUCACAGUGCUCAGCACCUAAAACUGACAGUGCCUCUCGCUCAGCUAUGAACCUCUGCUCUGGACCUUUGGCCUCUUCCCACCAGCUCAGUGAAACAAGAUGGCUCUUGGGCACAGGGCAGUACAGCAGAGAAAAGAACAUGGGGCCUCAGGGCCUGAUAUGAGAAUUGCAGGUUAGUUAAGGAAAGCUUCAGGGAAGGCAAGAGAGGUCCCACUGCGGUCCUCUUCUGAUGGCCCUGGAGAGACAGAUGUCACACUAGUGAACUGUGGUCUGCAGGCGAAGCCAACUGUGUGGCCACCUGCCAGUAUCCCCGGUGUUCAGCCUAGAGGCUUCACAGUGCUCUGUGCCCCACUAUUCACUCUAGGAGAACUUGGAGGCUGCCUCGGCCUCAUCGCUGACCUACUCACAGGAGAGGGACAGUGUCAGUAUUUCUAAAGGGACCUUUGGAGAUGAACCCUAAAUUUCCAGAGCCCUAGCAUGAUCCUGUACUCUUAGCAGACAUAGGUUCCAUCUGGAAAACCUUUGGGCUUAUUCCAGCCUGUUUGUGGCUUGUAAUGGUGUACUCUAUUGGAGACAGCUUUAAUGUGCACUAGCCAUGGCCAGACACUGGGUCCCUCCAUGAAAGUUAUGACUCCUAGCCCAGCCAGGAGUCCUUAAGAGAGCAGUUUCCAGGUAGCCCCAAGGGAGUGAACUCACCCCCCCCCACCUCCACCUCUGCACUGUGAAUCAGUACAGAUACACCAUCUGCCAUGAGGGUUCUCUUAUCAUUUUUAGAAUAUUUAUACAGCAGGUUCAGAUCAUGUUUUUCUACUAAUAAGAACGCUAACGUCAUUGUGUAGAUAAUCAGCAAGACUUUAUGAAGUUUACACCUUUGCAUUAUUAAAGGAUAUAUAACAGUUCAUGUAAACUCAA